UCCUGCAUGGUAAAGUCACAUGCAUACACACACCCAUCCCUAUGGGAGCUGAUAUAUAGUGGAUGAGAGGAAACAGAGCAUCUAGUGGAAGGAUCACUCACACAAGGAUACUUCAAGGACUAAGCCACACAUUAUGGCGUCACCACUAAUGCUGGUGUUUUUAACUGCUCUCCCUGGGGUCCUCUGCUACAACUCAUCAUUUAUUGACCUGGAACCUAAAGGAAGUAACAAGUCAUCCAUCAGAUUCCUAGUUUUGGGGGACUGGGGUGGACUGCCAAAUCCUCCUUACGUUACCCCCAUAGAGAAGGCCACUGCCCGCAUGAUGGCCAAAACUGCUUCCCAGAUGGGUGCAGACUUCAUUUUAGCUCUUGGCGACAACUUCUACUAUAAGGGCGUCAGGGACGUCAACGACCCUAGAUUCCAGGUCACGUUUGAAGACGUCUACACUCAGGAUUCUCUUAAUAUUCCAUGGUACGUCAUUGCUGGCAAUCACGACCAUGCAGGAAACGUCCUUGCUCAGAUUGAGUACAGCCAAAAGUCAAAGAGAUGGAACUUCCCAUACUACUACUAUGAGAUGAACUUCCGCAUUCCUCAAACACACCGCACUUUGACCAUCAUCAUGUUGGACACGGUGUUGUUGUGCGGCAACUCUGACGACUUCCUUGACCAGCAGCCCAGAGCUCCCCGAAGUGGUGUUCAGGCCAAUAGGCAACUGCUGUGGCUUGAGGAACGCUUGGCAAAGUCGAAGGCUGAUUAUCUCCUGGUGGCAGGCCACUAUCCCGUGUGGUCCAUAUCAGAGCAUGGGCCAACCAACUGUCUACUAAAGAGCUUGAGACCACUGCUUAAGAAGUACAAGGCCACCGCUUACCUGUGUGGCCAUGAUCACAAUCUACAAUACAUCAAGGAGUCUGGUAUCGGUUAUGUGGUUAGCGGAGCUGGUAACUUCAUGGAUCCUGAUGUGCGUCACCGCAACCAGGUUCCUCGAGGCUACCUCAAGUUCUUCAAUGGUGACGCUGGCACCUUGGGUGGCUUUGCCCACAUGGAGGUCAACAAGAAACAGCUGACUGUUACUUUUAUCCAGGCUAGAGGAACCUCUCUUUACAGGGCUGUUCUCAAAAGGCGUGAUGAGACUUCCAUAGAGGAUGAUUAAGGUUGAAAUUUCUUAAAGCGUUUUAAUGUGACUUUGGGAUAUUGACCCAGGUCUUUUAGCAUAAUGUUAUAAAUUAGAGAAGCACUUCUGAUUAAAAGUGCAUUUUUGAAUCAAGUAUUUUAAGUUUUAAAUGUUUGUUUUGAAGACCUGUAAGUGUUUUAAAGUGAUUAUUAAAACUCAUUUAAACUAC